AUGGGGAGUCACCAAACAGCGAGGUGGGGCAGGCCGUGGACGCGGCACUGGAGGGCCGGCUACCGCCACAUAGACACCGCCUACGCCUACGGGAAUCAGGCAGAGAUAGGCCAGACCCUGAAGAAGUGGUUCGAUUCUGGGAGACUGAACAGGGUGGAAAUUUUCAUUGUGACCAAGCUUCCAUUCAAUGGAAACAGAUCAGAGUCUGUGGAGAAGUACCUCAAGAAGUCCCUGGAAGCACUGCAGCUGGAAUACGUCGACCUGUACCUCAUCCACCAUCCCAUAGGUCACUUAGAUGUGAAUGGAUCUCUUUUUCCAAGAGACAAAGAUGGAAAAGUUCUGCUUGACAUGAAUACUGAUCACAUCAGCCUGUGGAAGGCUACGGAGGCUCAAGUGGACUCGGGCAGAGCGCACUCCAUCGGGCUGUCCAACUUCAGCUCCAGACAGGUGAAGCGCAUCUGCGAGGCGGCACGCAUCCCCCCGGCCAACCUGCAGGUGGAGCUGCUUGCCUGCUUCCAGCAGCGCGAGCUGGCCGCCUUCUACCGCGCCCUUGGCAUCACCGUCUGCGUGUACGGCCCCCUCGGCUCCCCGGGGAGGGUCGACUUUGAACGGAAACGCGGCAGAGACACCGGCGAGUGA